ACCUGGAUCUCCAAAUAGUCAUGCUAGAAGGUAGUAAAAUGGUAAUAGCAUGGAUCUAACAAUGUAAUCUGUAAUUUUACAAUGAACUGUAUAUCUCGGGAAAUGAAAUGUACCACACACAACCCCGACCCAACGCUCCCUAGAAAUGAGAAUGACGCUAAAUUCCUCCACAAACCCUGGUGGUGCAAACGCCACAUGUUGAUCGAAGAUUGUGGGUGAAUAACACUGUUUCUACUACCAUCUUCUCCGUAACAGCAAGUUGCCCACCAUUCUGAGAAGUAGAUCUGGCUUGAUAGCCAAGACAAUUCGCAGCAUAAUGACAUCCAGAACGACAAACGGGGAAGGAUCCCUUUCAAAACGAUCAAUUUUGAAUUUACCUUUAGCACCAAAAGGAACACGAUUUACCGAAAGAUUAUUACCUGAUCCACUUACCCCAACUCCAAGUGCUUUGGUAGCCGUUGAAGAAUCAGCACCUUCUCUAUUAAGAAGAUCACGACAAGUUGGAGAAGGAGCGCAUUUUUCUUAUACGACUCCAUUAGCGCUGGAAUUUCCUUAUUCGUUAGAAGGAAAUGGGGAAGAAGUGAAAAAUGAGGAUGCUGAGGAAGAUCCAGAGCAGGAAACAAAACGAGUAGAAGCGAUGUCACCGGAAGAAAGAGAAACGUUUGCGAUGGAACGCGCGAAAAAACAAAUGGAAAAAGUGGAAAGAUUGAUGAGACCGUAUGAAGUCACGCCAGAGAUGGUUGCUGACUCGGCAUCUGAAAAAGAUUUGGAUCGUUUGCAAGGAUAUCUACCUAAAGGUCGCAAAUCACAAAGUUACCCAUCUGCAAGGAUAUUGGGUUACUCCAAAGAAUGCUUGCAAGAUUGUGUUCCGGAUCUGGACGUAGGUGAUUUGGACGUCUGGCUAAAAGAACAUGCAAAGAAGGAUGGUCCUGAUGUAUACACUUCAGGACCAAUGGCCAAGACUCCAGCCAAAGAUGAUAAGGCUGCUUUGGCACGAUAUGAAUUGAGUGAUUUCCUUUCAGGUCGCUUACUUGGACUGCAAUUACCCGAUGUAAAGGAUGCCGAUAUCGAACAAGGAGCCGAAAGAGGUGUUGCAGAAGCACAACAUAAAAGAGUUGUCAGAAAUCGCGAAGGUGCAUCAGAAAGCUCAGAAGAGAGAUGGAAACGUGCUUCGGACACAUUAGCUAAGAGACAAAAAGGCGAGCCGAAAGAGUACUCAGGAUACGCUCCUUGGAGUAAUGCCUAUUCUGGUCAUCAAUUCGGUCAAUGGGCAGGUCAAUUAGGUGAUGGAAGAGCGAUCACGCUUAUGGAAACGUACAACAGUAAAACUAAUCAAAGAUAUGAGAUUCAAUUGAAAGGUGCGGGUAGAACACCUUAUUCUCGAUUCGCAGAUGGCCUUGCUGUACUGUUUAGCAGCGUUCGUGAGUUUCUUGCAAGUGAAGCAAUGCAUGGAUUGGGCAUACCAACUUCAAGAGCAUUAUGUUUGACUUCAUUACGUGAUAUCUCUGUUCGACGUGAACAAAGGAAUCCCGCCGCAAUCGUUGCUCGUAUAGCACCUAUUUGGGUUCGUGUCGGUUCUUUUGAACAUCAUGCUACCCGUGGUGAAUGGGAAAGUGUGAGGUUGUUGGGAGAAUUUACGUGUGAAGUUGGAUAUGGUUGGAAAGACGUAACAGGAACGGCAGCGAAACCAUGGGCAGAAAGAUUGAUAAAAGAAUGCGUUAUUCGAAAUGCAAAAACGAUUGCGUUGUGGCAAGUAUAUGGAUUCAUGCAUGGAGUGAUGAAUACUGAUAAUAUCUCUGUUCUGGGGCUAACGAUCGAUUACGGACCUUAUGGAUUCAUGGAUAUCUUUGAUCGACAUACAAUUUGCAACAAGAGUGAUAGUGAAGGAAGAUAUGCUUAUCAUAUGCAACCCACAGCAGCCAUGUUUGUUAUGGAACAAUUGACUUCUUCUUUGGCUGCAAUUGUAGGAUUUGAACGCAAACAUGGACGACCACCACGUGCAGGUGAACUUGUUGCAUUGUCAAGUAGUGAAAUUAACGAAUUGGGCAAAGAAACAAACGAACAGAUAUGGACAGAAAUGAAGUCAUUGUUCAUGGAUACUGUGAUCGAACACUGGCAAGACGGUUGGCGAAAGCGUUUGGCAUUGCAAGAAAAACGCGAUGAUGAUAGAUACACUCUGAUCGAGCCUUUGACGGAUGUUAUGGAUGGAUAUUUGGAUAUGACACAUACGAUGCGUAAAUUGUCUCGAUUGCCAGACUUUGUUCAAACUUUGGAUGAGAACGAUUCGGAGGGUAUAGACAAGUUUGUGGAGUCUUUGGCCAAUUGGGAGAAUGAUUUGCCUUCCUAUGUCCGGGAUGAUCGCAAGAAAGCAGCCGUCAAAUGGGUCAAGACUUACGUCCAACGUCUACGUGAAGAACGUGUAUCUGAAAAGAACACAGUCGAACAAGCAGCUCAACAAAUCAAGAAAGAUUUGCAAGCCGCCAAUCCAAGUUUCAUUUUGCGCAAUUGGGUAGCCGAUGAAGUGAUUGAGCGUUUGCAGAAUGGUGAUGAUACAGAAUUCUUAGAAAAGGUUUUGGGGAUGUGCUUACAUCCUUUCCAACCAUGGGGAGAAGAAAAGGCUGAGGGACAAGCAGAAGAUGAACGUCUUUGUUCUCUUGGUACACUCUUGACGACAAAUAUGCCAUCUUGUUCAUCAUGAAAAAAAAUCUAUAUAUUGGUAUAGCAAAUGUCAAUUAUAGUACAAUGCAUUGUGUGUUUUAUUUACUUUUUUUGUGCGUUUGCGGUGACAGGUUGACCACGAGGUGCAGUGAACCAUAAGAUAGCUU